CCCAUGACGGCGGCGGCGGCGGUGCUGAAGGAGGGCGUCCUGGAGAAGCGCAGCGGCGGCCUCCUGCAGCUCUGGAAGCGUAAGCGCUGCGUGCUCACCGAGCGCGGGCUGCAGCUCUUCGAGCCCAAGGGCGCGGGCGGCCGGCCCAAGGAGCUCAGCUUCGCGCGCAUCAAGGCCGUGGAGUGCGUGGAAAGCACCGGGCGCCACAUAUACUUCACGCUGGUGACCGAGGGUGGCGGCGAGAUCGAUUUCCGCUGCCCCCUCGAAGACCCCGGCUGGAACGCCCAGAUCACCCUGGGCCUGGUCAAGUUUAAGAACCAGCAGGCCAUCCAGACGGUGCGGGCCCGCCAGAGCCUGGGGACCGGAACCCUCGUGUCCUAAACCUCCGGGGCGCGCCCUCUGACCUGCCCUGCUUUCCAGUUUUCCACCGACUCGGUGCCCGGGGUCACAUCGGCGCCAUGGCCCUUUGGGCAUGACCACGUCCCACCCGGCGAAGCGGAGUCAUGGUCAGGUGCAGGAGGCAUUGGAGCUGAAGGGUGGAUGGCUGGGCAGGAGGGCAGAGGCCACGAAGGGCUGAGAAUGAAGAUUCAGCCCCUGGACACUCUCCGACUCUAAGGACGUCCCCGGCUCAGGGCCUUCUAGCCACAGGCCUGACUCAUGGAUCACGGCGGAGACCUGGCAUGUAAGCCCCUCCGGGGGCCCUGCCAUCCGUCCUGGCUGGUGCCGCGCCCAGAGGAGGGCAGAGCCCCGUAGGGUGCUAAGCCUCAGGACACAGGAGGCCAGCCUGGCACCCAGGGGAAGAUCACCUCCGGACUGACCUUGGUGGGGGACGCUGAUGGGUCUGAGGCCCACACUUGGGGGGGGUCUCCUGCUGCUUAGGUCCCCCUGGGACCCCCACCCCUCCAGGCCCUCUCUUUGCACACGUCUCCCCCCACCUCCUGUCCUUCUGCUCUCGCUGCCCUGCUAGGCCUGGAGGUGGUGGGGGUUUGGCCAUUACCAUUUCAUGCCUGUCCAACAAUGAAGACGCCCUGCAAAGGGCAGUGACCACA